AUGCCGCAGCAGGACCCAGAUGCAGCGGCCGGCGAAGAAAGAGGCGCCACUGACGACGGCGCUGCUCUCCGCGACCUCUGGGCAGCAGUGCGCCUUCUUCGACUGAAAGGUAGCUGCGGGCAUCUCUACCGCUUGUGGGAAGCUUAUUGCAGUGUCAUCAAGCCCAACAAUGCCCUCAGAUUCCGUCCUCGAAGCACCUUCGCACCCGAUAGCUACUACCAGCGCUGGGGUAUCCGCUACUACGACGUCUUCUACGGCGUAGCGAACCCCGAAGACUACGAGGGCCUCAUCGUCGACACUCCGGUAAACGAAGACGCUAAGAUGAUGGACGCCGGCAAGAUAGCAUGUUUCCUUUUCAUUGGCAAGGCGAGACAACUCGUCCACAAUCAUCCGGAUAUCUACAGGGUGUCUUGGGCAUCACAGCACAUCCACCCGCGCCGCGUCUACUUCGCCGGCCGCGACAUUGGCCACCCAUACCCUCGCAGGUGGCGUCACCACUUCAUCAUCUUCUACUUCAGGAACGGCAAGCACAUUGUGUUCGACCCUGCAGGCAUGGGCUACGGCAUCGAGGGGCACUGGCACGAGUUCGACGAGUACAAGGAGAAGUACUUUGAUCAGCAGCAUCAACUGUUGGAGAUAGAUCCAGACGAGAUUGAAAGUCUCCUCGCCUUCGACAACCAUUUCGUAGUGAUGAAGCAAGUUCUCGAGAGGAUGAGUAAUGAGCAGCUAAGGGAUGUGGCAAACAGAUUGCCAGGGAUUACAACACAAUUGAGGGAGAUAUUCCUUGCUGUUCAGCAAGAAAAUGUCCAGGUAUAA